GGAGGGCGGGGGCGGGUCUCCCGCCGGGGGAGGCUGUGGUGAGUGGGGCUGCCCGGGGACAGGGCCGCGGGACCGGCGGCGGUGCCUCGUCCCGGGGGCCGUGUGGCUAUGCAUCUGAUUACCUGCUGGAAAUACUUUGAAGUAUCAACAAUGAACUCGAUGUUAACAUUGCUUUUUUCUGGAAUAGUUGCCUGUUGUGCUCACUCUACUGGGGACUCAGUAUCCAGGUUACUCCUUGUGUCCUUUGAUGGCUUCAGGGCUGAUUACUUGGAAACCUAUAAACUUCCUCAUCUUCAGGAGUUCAUUGAGGAUGGUGUGCUUGUAAAACAAGUUACAAAUGCUUUUAUCACCAAGACUUUCCCAAACCAUUAUACCAUAGUGACAGGCUUAUAUGAAGAAAGCCAUGGCAUCGUGGCUAAUGACAUGUACGAUGCAGAUGCCAAGAAAAAGUUUUCACAGUUUAAUGAUUCGGAUCCCUUCUGGUGGAAUGAAGCAGUUCCAAUUUGGGUAACAAAUCAACAGCAAGGAAAUGGAGCAAGUGCUGCUGCAAUGUGGCCUGGUACCGAUGUAAAAAUUAACGAUACGACCCCUCAAUUCUUUUUGAAGUAUAACUUUUCAGUAACGUUUGAAGAGAGAGUGGAGAAAAUUGUUGCAUGGCUGAACAGCUCUAAUCCAGUAGUCAGUUUUGCUACAUUAUACUGGGAAGAACCAGAUGCAAGUGGGCACAAGUAUGGACCAGAUGACACUGAGAACAUGCGCAAAGUAUUAGAAGAAGUGGAUAAUCAUAUUGGUUUCCUUACUAAUAAAUUGAAGGCUUUUGGUUUGUGGGACACUAUUAAUAUCAUAAUAACAAGUGAUCAUGGAAUGGCCUCCUGUUCUGCAGAGAAGCUAAUUAUCCUGGAUAAAUGCAUUGGUCGCAAUAACUAUACUCUGAUAGACAAGAGUCCGGUUGCUGCAGUGCUGCCAAGGCAGAACAAAAGGGACGUGUAUAACUUACUGAAAAAAUGCAACGGUCACAUGAAAGUAUAUUUCAAAGAAGAAAUUCCAGACAGAUUUCAUUAUCGUCAUAAUAAGAGAAUUCAACCCAUAAUUCUGGUUGCAGACGAAGGCUGGACAAUUGUACAAAACGAGUCACUUUCAAAACUAGGUGACCAUGGCUAUGACAAUGCUCUCCCAAGCAUGCAUCCGUUCCUGGCUGCUCGCGGGCCUGCUUUUCAUCGGGGUUACAAGCAGAGCACAAUGAACAACGUUGAUAUUUACCCCAUGAUGUGCCACAUCCUGGGACUGACACCACAGCCCCACAAUGGCACUUUCAGUAACACCAAGUGCUUGCUCGCUGACCAGUGGUGCGCAAAUAUUCCAGAAGCUAUUGGGAUAGUUAUUGGGGCUUUUAUGAUACUGACUACUUUCACCUGCAUUAUAAUAAUCUCAAAGAAUAGAGUAGCUCCCCCACGGCCAUUUUCCCGACUUCAAUUACAGUAUGAUGAUGACGAUCCUUUAAUUGGAUAGCACGCAGGGAGCCUGGUCUCACUUGCUAAAUAGUGAUUUCAGGAAAAAGAGUUUGAACUUGCACUGGAUGGCAUUCUUUGAUGCACUUUAACGGUAUCUGUAUAAAAUACUGUACAGUGAGAUCUUGCUAACUUGUUUGUAUGUGCUACCUGACUAGGAGUCCUGUAAAAAUAUUUUCAGAACAAAAGGGUGAACACGUGGCUUUUUGCUGGAGGAGAUGCUUAACAAAAUAAGGAUGCUUAGUUUUUCCCUCAAGCCUUUGAACAUUUUCCAAAUUAAAUUCCAGAGUAUGAACUAGCCAGGAUAGAUUAAUUUUAACAUUUGUAAAUUAUAAUUGUUUUUUUGUAUUAUUAAAUUUAAAUUAAUGGUGACUUCUUUUAUUGGUCUUGUACCUGUAUUGGAAAGAAGAUCUUUUUUUUUGUAAGAGUUGGAAGUUGUAUUUGGACAGUAUGUUCUGAUUUGUUCUUAGAUUUGGGGAUAGAGGGUGUAGAGAAGAUCCAAUACUUCUGUUUCAACCCUAAGCCACCAAUAUGACAAGAAACUGGUGAGAAGGAAAACGGAAGUUGGUGAGGAAAGAAUUGGUGCAUAUCACUUCUAUUUUGAGCAAUAAGUAUGUGGUUCAGCAGUUACAACACUGGGCAGAUGGCUCUGACAUUUCUAGAUGUGUGUCUGUGGAUGUCUUAGUUCCACAGUUCCUGCACUUGCAGAGUUUGGAUGGUACUACUUGCUUAUCUCAAGGAUGCCGAUUUAAUCUGAGAAUCCUUGGAUUACUCAGUUUAAUGGGCUGUAGUAGUAAAAUUACUGCUUCUAAACCCUGUGAAAAGUUUGUCAGGUGUAAACUCUGCUGUAGGUGGUUCUGACCUGUGUACCAGCUGAUAGUUAUCUUUUGAAGGCUGUCAUGUGCUAAAAAGCAACAGCUUAAAGUUUGACAUGCAAUCAUCAAACAAGGAUUCCAAACUCUUAUUUUAAACCCUGGAAAUUUAAGGGGAAAAAAGUAAUUUUUUUUUUGAGAUAAGAUCUGUUACCUGUACUGUCUGAGUUGUAUAGAUGUAAUGUUCUGGUGAAGACCAGUGCUAAUGGUUCUCUUAAUUGAAACUCUUGAUUCCUUGUUAAUGGUCAAGUCUAGUAACUUGCCAUAAGAAAAAAUUAAUUUGAUUUAGAAAGCCUUAGUGGUACCUUACCUUUUAGUGAGGAAAGAAUGUGAGUUAAAUUGUUAAUGCUAACCCAAAAAAAGAACUAUAGUUACCGAGUCCAUUUCCUACAAGUUUGAUGGUUUUAAGAAAUGAGAGAGCUGAGGCACCUGGUAGCAUGCAACAUGGUUUCUUGUUCACAAGCUCAAAUUCCAGGCAAUUUGGUAUUAGCCACGGACUACCUUUUAGUGAUCCAACUGGAAGGAAGUAUGGACUUCAGAGGGAAGGGUUACUUUUAACUGCCCACUGAAAAAAAUACAUUUGAGUUUUAAAAAUUAUUUGUGGAAGCUUUACUAAUUUGUAUCUUUGAGGAUUCUGUUUUACUGAUUAAAAACACAAUACAAAAACUAACCUGUUCUGUUUUUUUUCCCCCCCUUAAACUAUUAGUACUACUUAUUGACUAAUGCUUUACUCUGGAUUAAUCUGAACCUGAAAGAGGCUCAGGCCCCUUGAAAAAUCUGUACCGUUACUGACAGUAUACUGGAUUUUAGGCUGUUGAUAUAAUAGAGCAAUAACUAGACUGAACACAGAAGUCACUUUCUUAUCCUGCUGGAAGAUUUAAAGUAAUUAAUUACAUACAAUAAGAGGUCAGGUUAAUGAGUAACUGUGAAGUGAAUGUUUUGCAGGGUAGAACCCAGGCUUAGAGAUGCUGUAAAAGGGAGGAUGCUUGAAUUCCUACGUUGGAGAGAGCUGUUAGUUUCUUUUGAUUUUGCUAAUAACAGCUGCCAUCCUCAGAGGGUGGCACACUUGCUGGGAGCUGCUUUGCAUCAUCUAUAUAUGGAAAGGCUUGACUCAGCUAAGUUAUCUUUAUCUUUCUGGCAGAUGUGGUAAGACCAAACUGUACUGUCCUCUACCUGUGAGGGUUUUUCUCCUAGAUGCUAAAGCUGAUUAGCACGGUAUAUGCUCUGCUCUACUCUUCCUUUCUUCCUCCUUCCCCCAAAUAGUUGUCAUACAGCAUGUGACUGAUAUGCAGAGAGGAACUGAAAGCACCACUACCACAGGCCAGGUGUCAAGGUUACCACCAAAAUUUUAAUUACCAGAAAUGUAAAUGUUGACUGAAGUGCAAUGGCAGCACUCUAAUCUCAAAUACAAAUAUUGUUACAGAUGGGGAAAUCUAGGUCUAAAUGCAUUUCUCCUCCUAGCUCUGGUUAGCUCCUGGUAAGAAUUGCUAUAGGCAACCGAGCUCUUAUCAAACCAGAAAGUGAGUGGUAGUAUCUAGCAGAGAUCCUUAUUACCCUCUACUCCUCCCUUUAGCAUUGAGACUAAACAGUGCUAUUGUGGGAAGGGUUUAAAGAGAAAUUUAAGUAUUAAUCAAGAAACAGGAUAAACUAUGUGCCAAUUGCAUUGCUAAUUAUUUUCAAUUCCAAAGAUGCAGUAUGGUCUAUAGGAUGCUGAGUAUUCUUCCCGGCACAGUUCUAUGCUGCUGGCAGGGAGGGUUUCAAAGUAGCUCUUAUACAUCCAGGAUUUCAUACAGAUCAUGUACAAAUCAAGAGAAUCUAGAAAAACACCUCUUUCUCCUUAGAGACAAAGUUGAUAUAUUUAAAGAUGAUUUUUUUUUUAAAAAUAGUGGUAGUGCCUUAAACAUGAUGAAAUAUUUCCACUACCUAGUUACGGUUUGUAUGAAUUAUUGCUUGUGAAAGUCAGCAGCUGAUUUCCUUUUGAAUAGCGAAUUCAAGACAAGAACAUAAGAAGCUGUGGCUUCCGCCUUCCUCAAAGCUGUGAUAAAGGAGACAUCCCACAACAGUUUGUGGCAACAUGUAAUGACUUGCUAAAUAUACACAACUCUGCAAUGUUCAUACAGGGCAUAUUAGUUUAGGAGAACUUCUUAACACUUAAACUAGCACUGAAGCUUAGAAGGGAAUAGGGGAAGUUCAUAACACUUACUUCCCAGUAGUAAAGACUGAUGUUUCAUUAUAUUGACUGCCUCCAAAAAGGAACUCAACACUGGGUAAAGAAGCCUUAAAACAUCCACCCCUCUGGGUUUGUAUGCUUUUUGUCCAUUAGUACCAGGAAAUGGUUCCAGAAUUGAGGCAAUUUCAACUAACUAUAGGUCCAAAACACUUGUUUCAGGGGGAAGUUUAACUUCCUGUAAAUUGAAAAGAAUGUACUGCCUAUGAAAAUAAACCAACAAACAACAUCAUGUACCUCCAAGGAUCAGACCACAGGGACAGAUGUUUGCUUUAAAUAUGCAUGGUACCACCUUUUAUUGCAAAAAAACAGUAAUAGAGAUUUGUUAACUUAAUAUGAUUCAGAUUAGGAUUUCAUUAUGGAAAGGCCGUCCAUUUGCAAUGCUGCAGAUACCGCUAUUGAACUUGCCACUUUCAUGUGCUUGCAACAAUUUUUGUAGUCUAACAUCUAAUAAAUGCUUCCAUUACCUUUA